AUGGCACCAAUGAAAACGGCUUUGUUCAGUCUCGCCACACUCCUCCUUCCCAGCGUUGUUCAGGCAGUACAGCCAAUAGAGGUUCAGGGCUCCGAGUUUAUCAACAGCGUCAGCGGAAAGCGAUUUCAAAUGAUUGGAGUAGCCUACCAACCUGGUGGAUCUUCCGGUUUCAAUCCUGAGGCAGGCACCGAUCCGUUGAGUGAUGCCAACAUUUGCCGACGUGAUGCUGCGCUCAUGCAAAGACUUGGUGUCAAUACGCUCCGCGUCUACAACCUGAAUCCCGACGUCAAUCACGACGAAUGUGCUUCAAUCUUCAACGCUGCUGGUAUCUACAUGAUCCUGGAUGUCAACAGCCCGCUUCCCAACCAAUCUUUGAAUCGAGGCGCACCUUGGGAGAGCUACAGCUCAGACUACCUGGCCCGUGUGUUCCAAGUCGUGGAGAACUUUAAAGCGUUUCCCAAUUUACUAGGGUUCUUCAGCGGCAACGAGGUCAUCAAUGAAGAGAGCGUGGUAGAGGUCCCUGGAUACAUUCGAGCUGUCACCCGUGACUUGAAGGAUUACAUCGCCAAGCAAGCAGACCGACCAAUUCCCGUUGGCUAUUCCGCCGCAGACGUACGCCCUAUGCUCCCUGAUACCGCAGCCUAUCUGAGUUGCGCGAUUGCGGAAGAAGCAUCGUCCAAGAUUGAUCUCUUUGGCCUCAACUCAUACUCUUGGUGUGGCGACGCGUCUUUCGACUCGUCCGGUUACGACACUCUGGUCGCCGACUUCAACGCCACCACCAUCCCGAUCUUCUUCUCCGAGUACGGCUGCAUUGAAGUCAAGCCACGUCUCUUCACCGAGGUCGCUGCCCUGUACAGCGACCAGAUGACUGGUGUCUUCUCCGGCGGCUUGAUAUAUGAGUAUACCCAAGAAGAGAAUAACUAUGGGUUGGUUGAGUUCAAUGAUAACAACACCGCGUCGCUGCUUGGUGACUAUGACACUCUGCAAAGGCAGUUUGCAGCGCUUGACUUUACCAAAAUUCAAUCUGCAGAUGCUUCUGCAACGGCAUUGACCCCGGAACCCUGCUCUGCUGAGCUCAUCACGGGCGCAGCUGGCAACUUCAGUACCAACUUUACUCUGCCUUCCCGUCCAUCGGGCGUUGACGACAUGAUCAACAACGGCGUCCCAAAUGCCAAGACAGGCAGGCUGGUGGAAGUCACAGAAACGAGCGUCGGUGAAACUGUAUACGACUCCAGCGGCAACCCAAUCCAAGGGCUGGCUGUCAACGUGCUUGCCGAUGAUCAAAGCAAUACUCCUGGAUCGGCAACUGGCUCCUCAAGCGGCGCAAAUCCCAGCCAGACCGGCGCAGCUCCUCGAGGUGGCUGGAUGGACUCAGCAGUCCUGAUAGUAGGUGCCUUGACGUUGCUUGCUGCCCUGAGUGUCUAG